UAGGGAUUCAGUGAGUGUCUACAUGGCACGAGAGACAUGACUUUUAGUACAAAGAGGAAUGGGACGCAUAAGGAAUUCAUUAUGAAACAUUAAACUCCCUCUCUCCUAACAUGCGUGGCAGGCCUACUUCUGUCCACGCUGACAAAAUACAUCCAUCGUAGCUAUUAUCUUUCAGAUCAGCAAUGUCAAACACAACCCCCAUCUCGGAUACCUCAGAGGGACAGCCAAUCUGUCCCCUGCUACAGCUGAUGAAGGAGCACAGACUCAACAACAACACACAGGUCAACUUGGUCAUCGUUUUCAUCCAUGGUCUGGUCUCCUGCCUGGGAAUCCUGGAGAAUGCUGUCAUCCUCUGGGUGGUGGGCUUCCGCCUGCGGCGCCGCACGGUGGCGUCCGUCUGGGUGCUGAACCUGGCCACGUCUGACUUCCUGGCAACUCUAACACUGCCCCUCUUCACCUUCUACCUUUGGUCGUCUCAUAGCUGGGAGCUGGGUAGCCUACUUUGCCAAACGCAGGCUUCCAUCUUCUUUCUGAACAUGUUUGUGUCAGCCUUCCUGCUGGCAGCCAUAUCAGUGGACCGCUACCUUCUGGCAGCCAAGCCGGUGUGGAGCUGGAAUCAUCGCUCAGUGGCAGGAGCAUGGAAGGUGUGCGUGUUGGGAUGGCUGUGGGCCAUCAUUAACACAAUACCGUACUUCCUCUUCCGCUCAGUUACAGAGAAAGAGGACGGGAGGAAACUGUGCUAUCAUAAUUUUGCCUUGUAUACAUCGUCUCUGGAGAGAGAUUGCAAAGUGAGGCAAGCAGCAACAGCCAUCUCCAAGUUGCUUUUCGCAUUCCUGUUUCCCCUGAUGGUCAUUGCAGGGAGCUACAUCCAAAUUGUUCUCAGCCUGAGGAACAGGAGCAGAAGGAGGAAGCAGAGUGCCAGCCGGCCCACUAAUACACUAAUUUCCUCCAACAAAGAUGGGGCAUCUGGAACUCCGAAUACCCCUACAACCAUCAAAAACACUAAUAUCAUUCUCAACCCUCUGGCCUCCGACUCAUCUUCACACCUGACACCUGCUACCCUUUCCCCCACCGCCUCCAAUCAGACACAUCACAGUCAGAUGUCCCAGAGUUUCACCAAGAUGGUGACAUUUGUGAUUGCAGCAUUUGUCCUGUGCUGGGCCCCCUAUCACAUCCUCUGCGUGGUUGAAGUGACAGCCCAUUAUUGGCUCCAAAAUCUCAACCUGGUGGAGGUGGGACUGCCCUUGGCAACGACCUUUUCGUUCUUGAACCCUGUGUUGAACCCCGUCUUAUACGCCUUCAGCUGUCCCAACUUCUGUGUGAGAAUACGGCAGAGUAUGGGUGCAGCAUUUGACGGUCUGGUAGAAGAGGAAGGUGGGUUGCUGAUGGUGCCGGGGAAAAGUUUAAGAGCUCAUGUCAGACGUAUGAGCAUUCGAGGGUCCGCAAAGCAUUCACAAUCCCCCCUUCAAUCACCUGACAGUCAACCGCCCGUUCCUCUGCCUUUACGACGUCUAGGCCUCAAAGACGCUCUCAUGCAGCAUUCAACACAACCAUCAGAAGAUUAAGUGCAACACGGCUGUUUUUAUUUGAGUGGAAAUCAAUCAAGAAUCAUGUGUUCAACGGACGUCCUAUGAUCUAAUGCACCAAAGCUGUGGACACAAAAAACUGGUUGUUGAAUUAAUUGUAUAACGUAUAGUUGUAGUAGCGCGUUGUAAGCCAUAAGAGGAGCUGGCUCUAAAAGAACAGAAAUGUCUGUUGCUUUGUCCAUCCGGCAUGUUCUUCCAAACUAAAAUAUCGUAAUUGUUGGAUGGAUUGUCGUGAAAAUGUUGCCAAUAUUUUUUGUAGCCAGUUUGUAGCCAUUACUACAUUUGUAUUAAAUGUAGUAAUCCCCUAAUAUUUUCUCUAGUGCCACCAUUUGUAACAUCCUCAACAUGUUAGCUAGAGGAUGGUAGUAUUUAGCUUGAUGUCUGUUUCGCCUCACAGAGCAGAAAGAUUAUGUAUAGGAACGUACUAAUAAUUGCCUUUUGACUUUAUUUAAUGUUGUCAAAAUGGCCUUACUCAUGACAUGUAUGUAAUCUCUUUUCGCUUGUUUGUGCGCUUUGGUAUUAAAUCAUAUGUAUUAAAUACAUUUUGUUUCACCAAAUAAUGUUUUUUACUUCAACAUGUAUUUAAAUAGAACAUGAGGAGAAUAGUAAGCGAACGGUUGACGUGAUAAACAUCUCCUGCUGCGUUGUUCUAAUACCGAUUUUAGCCACUAGACAGCAGUACAUCCUCAAUUACAUAAUCAGACAUAACAUGAAAUGUAGGAUUAUGCUUUCUAGACAGUGUAAUCCAGGUGAAUUUUAAAAUUGAACUCUUGAACGUCUGAACAAUUUUUUGAGAGAUUGUAUUUAAUCAUUUCUUUUUGAUUGAGUGUUUCCAUGUUGUCACAUUUGUGUGGUUCUAUCACACACAAUUGGAUCCAACCCUGCACACAGAGGCUGAGGUGUAAUGUAGGCCACUGCCGCAUGGGAUUACCAUAGAGGUAGUUGUAAUUUAGAGAGAAUAUUAGAGAGAAGAUCCAGAAUGUAAAGACAGCGGGAUUAAACCUAACGGACCAAACUGGCAUGCAAAGCUCCACUUUCCUCUCAGCCAUUCAGUUAAGAUUAUUUAGGCUCUUUCUUGCUUUGGAACUAUUUCUUCUUUCUCCCCUUCUGUGUCAUGUACUUUAUAUAAAGUUGGCAGAUUGAGCUCAAGUAAAAAAAAAAAAAAGGAAGGUGGGAAGAAUUUAAGAACAAAAGUGUCACCAGAUGCAUCCUAUAAGCAGUUUUACAAUCAGUGGUAUUAAAUAAUAUGAGAACAAGAAUUCAAGAAAAGUUCAGUUAAAAUGUAAAUCAAAUUUGGCCACAUAGUCAUAAACAAUUCUAGCUUUACUAUUUAACUUACUACAUGGGUUAGUUAAACCACUCCAAUUUAGAGUCAAUUAAAAGGAAAUUAGAAAUCUAGUAGUAUUACUUAUUCCCUUUAAUGAACACAAAAUUAUAGUCUACAGUGCA